CUUUAAUCCUUUUUUUUUUUUUUCUCGCGUCUAUAAGAAUCCCUCAAGAUCUCUCUCUCAUAAUUUGGAAUCUUGGAGAUCAUUCGUCUUUUUUUUUUUCCGGAUUUUGAGAGGUUUCACUUCUUUUUUUUUCCGAUCCACCGCCGUGGAUUUUGUUUUCCGAUGACGAUCAAAGACGAGUCGGAGAGUUGCGGUAGUAGAGCCGUCGUUGCUUCGCCGGCUCAAGAAAACCCUAGACAUUACCGGAUGAAACUUGAUGUCUACAGUGAGGUUUUACAACGACUUCAAGAAUCUAAUUACGAAGAAGCUACUCUUCCUGAUUUCGAGGAUCAACUUUGGCUCCAUUUCAAUCGUCUUCCUGCUCGAUAUGCUCUUGAUGUUAAAGUUGAGAGAGCGGAAGAUGUUCUUACUCAUCAGAGAUUACUAAAAUUGGCGGAAGAUCCUGCAACUAGGCCUGUCUUUGAAGUUCGUAGUGUACAGGUUUCUCCUAGAAGCUCUGCUGACUCUGACCCUGCGGUGGAGGAAGAUGCUCAAAGCUCUCACCAACCAAGCGGACAGGGGGUUCUUGCUCCUCCAACUUUUGGUUCUUCUCCAAAUUUUGAGGCUAUUACUCAGGGAAGUAAAAUUGUUGAAGAUGUUGAUAGUGUUGUGAAUGCAACAUUGUCUACUCGACCAAUGCACGAGAUCACAUUUUCAACCAUCGAUAAACCGAAACUCCUUAGCCAGCUAACUUCCCUGCUUGGUGAGCUUGGACUGAAUAUACAAGAGGCUCAUGCUUUUUCCACUGUAGAUGGUUUCUCUCUAGAUGUCUUUGUAGUUGAUGGUUGGUCUCAGGAGGAAACAGAUGGUCUAAAGGAUGCAUUGAGCAAAGAGAUAUUGAAGCUUAAGGAUCAACCUGGUGCAAAACAGAAAUCUAUUUCUUUCUUUGAGCAUGACAAAUCAAGCAAUGAGCUUAUACCCGCCUGCAUUGAAAUACCCACGGAUGGAACUGAUGAGUGGGAAAUUGACGUGACACAGCUCAAAAUUGAAAAGAAAGUGGCAUCUGGUUCAUAUGGGGAUCUGCAUAGAGGCACUUAUUGCAGUCAGGAAGUAGCUAUCAAAUUUCUCAAGCCUGAGCGUGUAAACAAUGAGAUGCUUAGAGAAUUUUCUCAAGAAGUUUUUAUAAUGAGGAAAGUUCGACACAAAAAUGUCGUUCAAUUUUUGGGUGCAUGCACAAGAUCUCCAACCCUCUGUAUAGUGACUGAGUUUAUGGCUCGAGGGAGCAUAUAUGAUUUUCUUCACAAACAGAAAUGCGCUUUCAAACUUCAAACUUUGCUUAAAGUUGCACUUGAUGUGGCAAAAGGAAUGAGCUAUUUGCAUCAAAACAACAUUAUUCACAGGGACCUUAAGACUGCAAAUCUUCUUAUGGAUGAACAUGGACUUGUCAAGGUUGCUGAUUUCGGAGUUGCCAGAGUGCAGAUUGAAUCAGGAGUCAUGACAGCUGAAACAGGGACUUACCGGUGGAUGGCUCCAGAGGUCAUUGAGCACAAACCUUACAAUCACAAGGCAGAUGUGUUCAGUUAUGCGAUAGUGCUAUGGGAACUUCUGACUGGUGACAUCCCAUAUGCUUUCUUGACUCCACUACAAGCAGCUGUUGGCGUUGUCCAAAAGGGGCUUCGACCGAAAAUUCCAAAGAAAACCCACCCAAAAGUGAAAGGACUUCUAGAGAGAUGCUGGCAUCAAGACCCGGCACAGAGACCACUGUUUGAGGAAAUCAUAGAAAUGCUACAACAGAUAAUGAAAGAGGUUGGAGAUGCGGACCCUAGCAAGGACAAGCAGUGCAUGUCUUUAUUUGCUCCCUUCAGAAAGCCACGUUACUAGUUCUUCUUCUGAUCAUCACUUUUAACGAUUCAAGGCAUUAUUUUUUUGCCUUGCCUUGUACAGUUUCUCUUUUUUUCUUUCUUUUUGACCUUAGAGAGUGUUUUCUCCUCUUUGAUUCCUUUCCACAAUAGAAAUUAGUAACUCCUAAUACUUUUUGCUUCUUCUUUUUUUCUUUCAUAAGAAGGGAAGUUUAACAGAGUUGCAUAUUCGUUAGGCUUAAAUCAUUUUCACUGUGUAUAGUUAUUUAA